UAUUCUAUUCGAUCGAUCUCGCACGCAGGCGCGGCAUGGCGGAGAAGCUCACCGACGAUCAAAUUGCCGAGUUCAAGGAGGCAUUCAGCUUGUUCGACAAGGAUGGCGAUGGUUGCAUCACGACCAAGGAGCUUGGAACCGUGAUGCGAUCUUUGGGGCAGAAUCCCACAGAGGCCGAACUCCAAGACAUGAUAAACGAGGUGGAUGCCGAUGGAAACGGCACGAUCGACUUCCCAGAGUUUCUCAACUUGAUGGCUCGCAAGCUGAAGGACACAGACUCAGAGGAGGAACUAAAGGAGGCCUUCAGAGUGUUCGACAAGGACCAAAACGGUUUCAUCUCCGCCGCUGAACUUCGCCAUGUCAUGACCAAUCUCGGUGAGAAGCUCACUGAUGAGGAAGUCGACGAAAUGAUUCGUGAAGCUGACGUCGAUGGCGACGGCCAAAUCAACUACGAGGAGUUCGUCAAAAUCAUGAUGGCCAAGUGAGUUGGCCUCUUAUGGAAAAUAAAGUGCGACGGAUGGAAUUCCGAUAUAUAGUUAUCGAUGACUUCUAGGUUUGUCAUUUUAGUUACAAAAUUUUUUAUAUAAAGGAAAAGAAAAAAAAAACAAAAGUAGAGAAAUCUUUUCACUAAUUUAAUUUUUUUUUUCUCAUUUUCAUAUGUAAUAGA